CCAGAGAGAUCUCAUCUCAGUUUAAGUUCAGACUUAACGACUGAAAUCAAAGACAAAUUACCGCAGGAAUUGUUGCCAGAUCUAUCUUCUGCCCUCUUUGAUUCAGUAAAAUUCGCAUUCUAUAGAGAGAGAGAGGAGAAGAUGAACAUUUUCAGGUUAGCAGGGGAUAUGACACAUUUGGCAAGUGUUCUUGUUUUGCUCCUCAAGAUUCACACUAUCAAAUCUUGUGCUGGCGUUUCUCUGAAGACCCAGGAACUCUACGCUAUUGUUUUUGUCACUCGAUACUUGGAUCUUUUCACGGACUACAUCUCAUUGUACAAUACAUUGAUGAAAAUUAUUUUCUUGGGAAGUUCCAUAUCGAUAUUCUGGUAUAUGAAGCAUCACAAGGUUGUCCGCAGAUCCUACAACAAAGACCAGGACACUUUCCGUCACUAUGUCCUUAUGAUACCCUGUUUGUUUUUAGCACUGAUUGCAAAUGAGAAGUUUUCCUUCAAAGAGGUGAUGUGGGCAUUUUCCUUAUACCUAGAAGCAGUUGCUAUCCUUCCUCAAUUAGUUUUGCUGCAGAGAACAAGGAAUAUCGACAACUUGACUGGACAAUAUGUUUUUCUUCUAGGUGCAUACCGAGCAUUUUAUAUUCUUAACUGGAUUUACCGUUUCUUCACUGAACCACACUAUGUCCACUGGAUAAUUUGGAUUUCAGGACUUGUUCAGACGCUUCUUUAUGCUGACUUCUUCUAUUACUACUUCCAAAGCUGGAAGAAUAACGUGAAGCUCGAAUUGCCUGCUUGAGCUUGCUUUGAGAAAGGUACAAAAAGGUGAGAGAGUUUUGAGAAACAGAUGGUUACAAAUUGAGAAGUGGUAAUUGGUGAAGCAUCAUUUUCUUUCACUCACAACGUGCGAGUAUCCAUUUGUAGAGCAUUAUUUUGUAUUGGUAGAUGAAUAUGUGGAAGUAUUCUUGCCGGAUCUGCAAGAUUUGUUUAGCAAGGUCUCGCAAGAUUUGAUGCACCGUUUUGUUGCCAACCAUUUAUUUGGUACUUGAAUGAAGCAAAUGAUAUAUAA